AUGUCAAACAGAGCCCCAGUUUACAUUCUUAACCAAAGCGCUAAGAGAGAACAAGGAAAGAACGCCCAAGCUGCUAACAUCAAGGCUGCUAGAGCUGUCUCCGACAUUGUCAGAACUACCCUCGGACCCAAGUCCAUGCUCAAGAUGCUUCUAGACCCAAUGGGCGGUAUCGUUCUUACCAAUGAUGGCAACGCUAUUCUCAGAGAGAUUGAUGUUGCUCACCCAGCAGCCAAAAGUAUGAUUGAAUUAGCUAGAGCUCAAGAUGAAGAAGUUGGUGAUGGAACCACCUCUGUCAUCAUCUUGGCCGGAGAGAUCUUGACUGCCGUCGAAGGCUUCCUCGAGAGAGAAAUCCACCCUACAGUCAUUGUCAGCGCUUACUUCAAAGCCCUUGAGGAAAUCGUUAGAUUAACUGAAACACUAGGAGAGCCUAUCGAUGUCAAAAACGAUGCUGAUCUCUUCAAGAUCGUCUCAUCUUGCAUUGGAACUAAAUUCUCAUCCAAGUGGGGAUCCCUUAUCGUUGACUUGGCUGUUAAGGCAGUCAAGACUGUCUACAAGAAGGACGGUGAGCACGUCGAAAUCGAUGUCAAGAGAUACGCUAAAGUAGAAAAAAUUCCAGGUGGUCUUCUUGAGGAUUGCGUAGUCCUAGACGGAGUUAUGUUCAACAAGGACGUUACCCACCCAGGCAUGAGAAGAAUCAUCAAGAACCCAAGAGUCGUUCUUUUAGAUUGCCCACUCGAAUAUAAAAAGGGAGAGUCCAUGACCAACAUGGAAUUCACCAAGGAAGAAGACUUCAAAAAGGCUCUUGCCAUGGAAGAGGAUGAAGUAAGAAAGUGCUGUGAAGAUAUCUUGAGAGUCAAGCCAGAUGUUGUCAUCACUGAAAAAGGUGUUUCAGAUAUUGCUCAGCAUUAUCUACUCAAGUUCGGAAACUGCUCAGUCAUCAGAAGAGCCAGAAAGACCGACAACAACAGAAUCGCCAGAGUUACAGGUGCUACUAUCGUUAACAGACCAGAAGAACUCUAAGAAUCAGAUGUUGGAACCAAGUGCGGACUCUUCGAAGUAAGAAAGAUUGGUGAUGACUACUUCUCAUUCAUGGUUGAGUGCGAAGAUCCAACCGCUUGCUCAAUUAUCCUAAGAGGAGCCUCAAAGGAUGUCUUGAACGAAAUUGAAAGAAACUUGCAUGAUGCCCUCGGAGUUGCCAGAAACGUUAUGCUAAACCCCAAGCUCAUUCCAGGAGGUGGUGCUGUUGAGAUGGAACUCUCUUGCAGACUUCUCGAAUUCGCUCAAAACAUUGAGGGAGCUCAACAAUGGCCAUUCAAGGCUCUAGCCAGCGCUCUUGAGGUAAUCCCAAGAACUCUUGCUCAAAACUGUGGUGCUGAUGUCGUCAGAGUUUUGACUGAAUUGAGAGCAAAGCACGCCGUUGCUGGAGAAGGACUUCACUUCGGUAUUGAUGGAAACUCAGGCAAAAUUGCAGACAUGAGAGAAUCCAAUGUCUGGGACCCCCUGGCUGUCAAAUAAUAAACAUUCAAAACUGCCAUCGAAUCAGCUUGCAUGUUACUUAGAAUAGACGAUAUAGUAAGUGGUAUAAAGAAACAAAGAAAGGAAGCUGCAGGCACCAGAUUCGCCAACGACGAGGAAGACACCUUCGGUGACCAAAGAGACGGAUGA